CUAGACGGUGACAUGCGACAGUUACGGAAUACAUCAGCCCAGUGUGACGAACAAAUCAACGCCUCCUCUAUACACUCUUCGAAUCUAUCAAGAAGGGACGCCAGCUUUACUUUACCUUUGAAAUCUGAUAACACGACAUGCUGCUCAAAGCAUUUCUGGGAUGUUUACUGAUGACUGUGGCCCAUUUUCUGCCACAAUACAGAAAUAAUAUUUUGAAUGGACACAGUAUUCCAGAUCCCUGUUGUCGUGGACGUGUAUGGGCUCGUGUUGGACACACUGGACCAAGUCAAUCAGGGCUCAAUAAGUUUGGUAUAGACUUUAAACUGAAUGGUAAUCGGUUUACUGCACAAGUAUGUUUAGCCGAUUCUGAUGGUGACGGUGUUGUCAACGGUAUAGAACUAGGUCUUAAUACAACACUAUACAGUGUGGGAACGUUGUGUCAUUUUGUGGGCUCGUACCCCAUCACCCCAAUUUUGAACGCUUUCCUGAAACAUUGGAAUCUGUUGGCGAAUCCCUCUGGACAUCCAGGCUUCUGUGACAAACCUCACUGUCCAGCACAAUUACGUUAUCCUUGUGGACCAUGUUAACGUAUGAAAUAAAGAGCGUGGGUAUGGAACGGAAUAUUGGGAAAAUAAA